GGUGAAAAACAUCCAAUCAGAGAUUGUAGCUUUUAGACGUGCUACGGCUAGCCAAUCAGAUCGCAGCUUCUUCAGUGAGGGACAUGACUGUUCUUGCACUGUAAACACGUGUCUAUCCUUUCUACCCACGGAGCGAUUACAGCAGCAAAAGCGUUCCUUGACAUCACCAAAAAUGGCCAAAAGCUUGCGGAGCAAAUGGAAGCGAAAGAUGCGAGCAGAGAAGAGGAAGAAGAAUGCUCCCAAGGAGCUAGCCCGGCUCAAACAAGCCCUGAGCCAGGACAAAAAAGCCGACGCCAUAAUGAGCGACAUGCAGGAGAUCGCCAUUGUGGUGCCGGCUGAAAAGAUCAGGAAGGAUGCAGACGUUGACGUGACAGAAGGUGGCGGCGGCGGUGGUGAUGAUGAUGAGGGGAAAAUGGACUUGGACAGCAAGCGGAACAAGAAGACGCUCCUGAAUGAACAUGGACAGUAUCCCGUAUGGAUGAACCAGCGACAGGCCAAGAAGCUGAAAGGCAAGCGGACGGCGAAGAAGGGAGGCCAGGUCAAGAAGAAGAAGGGCAUUGCCUGGUGAUGCAAGAUGUUUGCUUUCCAAAGACUGAAGAUGAUAUUGUCCUUAAUUAUGUUUAUUGAUCGAUAUAGACAGUCCGAUGUAUAUUCUGGUAUUUCCUCCAAACAAAAGAUACUUGGAGCAAUAUUCCUAUUCAAAACACGCAAAGCUCAGAAUUCCUUUCGACUCUCUAGAAGAUCGAUUUAUCAGAUUUAUCGGCGUACGAGCGACACAAUCUUACACGUGGACGUGACCGGACGCUGUGGGUCGGCGUCGCUCACUGCAUCAGCUCAACGUACGCCGCUGGAAAGAGGCCGGUGCGUCCGUGGCAACGUCCCUUCCACCAUCCCUCGUCGAUCAUCUCGAUGUCGGUGAUCACGUCGUCCGGAUUGAAGGAGAUCUCGUCUGUGUCCUCUGCGGAAAAUGAUCCGAUACGAGUGUAUGGGAAUUGAAAUCAAGAAAUAAAAGUAACGGCGUACCUC